GAGCAAGGGCGACGCCUGCUUCACCUGCUCCAUCGGUCGCCUAACUUUGACCUAACCGAGACGUACUUGACUAUAGUUGACACCAGAGACCUUUUCCUGCGUACACCGUCGUCACUUUGGAGUUUGGCUUCCACUGCCCCUCUUCACAAGAUGAUGCGCUGUAGGAGAGGAUGGCUGCUCGCGCCGUGCAUCGUCUCCGUGCUGCUUUUGGCACCAAUCGUCUACGAAGGAUUGUUCUUCGGCGCAAGCGACAUGUCGCCGCCUGCGCUGACGCCACCCUUCAUCAAGCAAGCAGACGAACGGGGAAUACCGCAGGCUGUUGGCGUCGUUCGGCCGGUUGACUUCCUGGCUGGCGUCCUCACAUCAAUGACCUUGGUUUUGCUUAUCAAGUUCUUCUCCGACUCAAAAUAUGGAUUCAACGAUCGUCAAUUCUGCGAUUCAUUGGAUGAUCAACCACGGUUGAUACACUCUCUAAACAUCACGGUGUGGUUUGUAGAGAUUGUCAAAUCCAUUGGCAUCUUGCCAUACAACACCGGGUACCUCAAAGUGUUACUCCUCUUCAUCCUUGCACCAACUAUGGCGUCUUCCACCGGCUGCCCCUCCCCAACCUUCGAUGGAGCACUUGAGUUCCCAUUGUUUCACAGGGACCAUCCAUGCGUCCAGCAACACCUCGGCAAUACGAGGUCAGGAAACAUCGUUGAGAUGGACCUGUCGCUGCCGAUUGACUUGAUACAGAAUGACGAUAUAAACAACUUCCUCUUUCUGAUGCCCAUCAAGCUGGGCACGCCACCGGUCUGGAAUCUUGUGGCAGUUGACACUGGAGCCUCACUUUCUUUUGUUCAGUGCCAACCAUGCACUCUCCGGUGCCACAAGCAAUCUGAUGCCGGGGAAAUAUUUGAUCCUAGCAAGUCGGAGAGUCUCAGUCGUGUUGGGUGCUCAGAAGAGAGCUGCCGCACGGUCCAACGGGCGCUACGUCUCCAAUCCAAAGCAUGCAUGGAGAAAGAGGACAGUUGCCUCUACAGUACGACGUUCGGAGGAACAUCUUCGUAUUCCGUCGGCAAGCUAGUGAGGGACAGGCUAGCAAUCGGGCAGUAUGCCAAGGGAUACAGCUUCCCUGAUUUCCUCUUCGGAUGCAGCUUGGACACAGAGUAUCAUCAAUAUGAGGCUGGCCUAGUCGGAUUCGCUGACGAGCCGUUUUCAUUUUUUGAACAAGUGGCACCUCUGGUCAACUACAAGGCCUUUAGCUACUGCUUUCCAAGCGACAGAAGAAAGACGGGGUACCUGUCCAUUGGGGAUUACCCCCGUGUCAACUCCACAUCCUAUACUCCCUUGUUCCUGGCUUGGCAACGAUCACAGUAUGCACUGAAGCUGGAUGAGGUGGUUGUCAAUGGGAUCGCGCUGGUCACAACCCCCUCAGAAAUGAUUGUAGACUCCGGGUCCAGAUGGACAUCACUGCUGUCCGAUACCUUCAACCAACUUGACGCAACAAUCACCAAGGCUCUGCAACCUCUGGGAUAUAAUCGCAGCUAUUAUAGGGGAUCAGAUUAUAUCUGCUUUGAGGAUGCGCACUUUCAACAGUUCAGCGAUUGGGCCGCUUUACCAGCAGUGGAGCUGAAGUUCAACAUGGGCAUUACACUGACUCUACAACCCCAGAGCUCGUUCCACUUUCAUAACGACUAUGGACUGUGCACAUACUUCAUGAGGGAUGCCAGUCUGGGAAGCGGUGUGCAGAUACUAGGAAACACGAUGACACGGUCUGUUGGCAUCACAUUUGAUAUCCGAGGGGGUCAAUUUGCGUUCCGCAAGGGAGACUGCUGAUUUGGCCCAUGUAACUAUCCACAUCCUUGACGGUGCAGGCUGUGUUCCACUGGCGGUUCCCUUGAAGGUAGCGGUCUGCUGCCACUCGUCGUGUUCCUGCUGCAUACCUGAUUCCCAAUAAUUGUAUCAACUGAUUAUGGUCUAAUUGAGCCUAUGUACUGCUAUGCUAUUUAUCGAAAAUGUACUGCUUUGCCAUUACUAUUUACUAGUGAACAAAAAUCUUAGCA